UCUCUCACUCUCAAAAAAAAAAAAAAAGUAUGGAAUGUGAAGUCAUGUUGCCCUCCAGAAAGAUCUUAUCAGUGUAUAUUCCCAAAACACCAUUCUCAUCCUCUCGGAACUGGGGAGUGAUUUUAACUUCAGGUUUAUGAAUUUACUCAUCAAAUCGAUACUGAUGGCUUACUCUCUAGCUUUUCUUUGCCUCUCAUGGGACCCUCCCCCAGAACCCACGCCCACAUCCCAUCUUGGACACACCCCUAAACCCAGUGUUGCCAAGCUCCUGGCACCUGCCUCAGCUGCUGCCUAAAAACUGAAACAAGAGCCCUCUGCGAAUUUGAAAGACCUUCCACUGGGUCUCCCCCAAAGUGCUGCCUGCUCACCGGUCACCCAGCCGCCUGUCCUCACUUUCUUGCUCCGUGGUGGGAGCAACCAUGGCCUGGAGUUUCCACGGGAAAGCCCAGCUUGGGGGACUGCUCCUCUCCCUCUUCGGCUGGGUCUGCUCAUGUGUCACCACCAUCCUGCCCCAGUGGAAGACUCUCAAUCUGGAACUGAACGAAAUGGAGACCUGGAUCAUGGGGCUUUGGGAGGUCUGCGUGAAUCAGGAGGAAGUUGCCGUGUGCAAGGCCUUUGAGUCCUUCUUGUCUCUGCCCCAGGAGCUCCAGGUAUCCCGAAUCCUCAUGGUAGCCUCCCACGGGCUGGGGCUACUGGGGCUCCUGCUCUCUGGCUGUGGGUCCGAAUGCUUCCAGUUUCACAGGAUCAGAUGGGUAUUUAAGAGGCGGCUCUGCCUCCUGGGAGGGACUUUGGAAACAUCUGCUUCAGCCACUACCCUCUUUCCAGUCUCCUGGGUAGCCUACGCCACGAUCCAAGACUUCUGGGAUAACAGCAUCCCUGAGAUUGUGCCUCGCUGGGAGUUUGGAGAUGCCCUCUACCUGGGCUGGGCUGCUGGUGUUUUCCUUGCCCUUGGUGGGUUACUCCUCAUCUUCUCAGCCUGUCUGGGAAAAGAAGACGUGCCCUCUCUCCAGAUGGCUGGCCCUAGAGCCUCGCCGUUCUGUGCCCCAGCAAAUGAGUCCAAUGACUCCUUCUAUCUAACACCAAGACCUAGGAACCUGUUCAUCUAGGACCUGCUUCUGCCAAGGAAUCUCCGGAAUAAAGGAAUGUC